AUGGCAACUGAAAAGGUAGUCGUUGGCCAUGGCCUCCGUUUGUUAACGCUGCACAAAUACGGAGGCUAUUACUUCGAUCUGGACAUCAUCUUUGUUCGACCAGUGACGUUCUAUCGCAAUUUCGUCGCCGCCGAAGACGCUACCAGAUUGAACAAUGACGUCAUUCAUGUAGAUGUGAAAAAUCCAUUCAGCGAAAUGGCCAUUCAAGAUUUUGUCCCCAAUUUCAGGCCCGAAAUUUGGGGACAUAAUGGCCCGGCCUUGAUUCUACGCGUUUUACAAAAGUGGUGCAACGUUACGGAUGUCCAGUCGAUGGAUUACGUCAAAUGUCGCGGUUUCAACGUUCUGCCGACAUCAUCGUUUCAUCCGAUUCCCUUCAAUAAAAUGAUCACUUUAUUUGUCCAGCCGCCGGCGAAUGAAACAUCCAGCUGGCUGACGGAGAGAGUGAUUGGAGUUCACGUUUGGAACAAAUCAAGUAAAAAUCAACCAAUCUACAAGAAUUCGACGCAGGAUUACACUCGAUUGGCUCGAACCAAUUGCCCCGUUGCCUUUUCUAUUGCACCUGAUGUCUUUUAAGUAACACUGUUACAAAUGCCUAGUAUAUACAGUACAGUACAUUUAAGUCAC